AUGUCUUCAGCUCUUUACAAACAAAAUACAAACUUCACACACUCAACCGGUUCAUUUUUGAAAAGUGCACCAGUAGAAUUGACUACAGUCAAGGGCUAUAAUGAUUUCGUCUCCAAGCUGGAAAAGAAGAAUGAUAAAAUAUCCACAAUCUUGAGCGAAGACAAAAGCCAAGGCUACGUGUUGCAGGAUGGCGAAGUGAUUGCUACAAUAUAUGGCGAGGCGAAGGACUACCUUUUGAGUCUCGGUGGUAUGACUGAAUAG